AGCUUCCAACUUGUCCAUUUGGAGUUGGAAGAAAACCAAAUUUUCAUUAAUAAAUGUUGAUAAAAAGUGAUCUUUGGUUUCCUAAAGUUCAACACACACUUCUCUAUCCCUUUACUUUGCUGUUUUUCUCAAACUACCCUCAUUAGGAAAUUACUUCAGAAAACACAAAAAAUUCAAGGCAGUUGAUUGAUUCUGUCUUUUUUUAUGGAUUUGCAUUAUUUGUAGGUGAUUGAGUAAUUAAAUGGGAAGAUACAGAUACCCAAGUAAAAUGUCCAUUUCCAUAUCAUUGGAUUUUCAGUUUGAUUCAGAAGAGGAUUUGUACUUCGUAGUGAAGAACUGCUGAGUUCAGACUCAGAAUUGGCUGGUGUUUUUGCAUAUUAGCAUGAGAAAUUGAGGUGGGUUUUCCAUGAGAGAUUCAUCAAUGGCAGCAGAAGAUUUGAUAGAGAUCAAAUUCAGGCUUGCAGAUGGAACUGACAUCGGUCCUAGCAAGUAUACUCCAUCUACUACAGUGGCAUCUCUAAAAGAGAAAAUUCUUGCUCAGUGGCCUAAAGAUAAAGAAGAUGGUCCUAAAACAACACAUGAUUUGAAGCUGAUUAAUGCUGGGAAAAUUCUUGAGAAUAACAGGACACUAGCUGAGUGUAGAGUCCCAGUUGGUGAACUUCCAGGAGGCAUAAUUACUAUGCAUGUUGUUCUUCGUCCUCCUAUGACCAACAAAAACAAAGGUAAUUCAUCGCAUGUUACAUCUGAUUCACUUCGUAACAAAGGAAAUUGGGGAUUAAAGCAGCACAUUAUGCAUUUCAGCUGACCAACUAGAGUUCUUUAUGGUGGUAGGAAUAAAUAAAUUAUUCAUAAGCAACCUCCUAAUCGAGUUAUGUUCUCCAAUUCCAAUCUUCUCUGACUCUGUAAAGUCUGAUGGUUUCUUAUGAAGUUUAACUACAGUUGAUUUAGGAUUUACAAACAAUCUUAUCUUUUUAUCUUAUUGCAUAUGGCUGGCUUUGUUUCUCAUUUGAGUUUUUUCAUCUCCAGAAAACCAGAAAUAUUCUGCCUUCUGUUCAAAGUUUGCUUAAAUUUUCCCUUUUGUUUCCUAAUCUUACCAUAAUGCAACCUUUCUAGCUUCACAAAUAGCAUGCUUAUUGCAUUGCUUUCAGGACUUUGAGCACAUUUAUUUUUUAUGUGAGCUAAUAUUCUGUAUCAGCAUGAGAAUCUCUUUGGACAACUGUGAAUGACAAGCUUAGUAUGCCAGAAAUUAUCUUCUUGUGACAUUAUGUUUCCUCAAUUCUUAUUUCCAUCAAUAUGCUGUAAUUCUCAAGGGUUUCAGCUACAUAUUUACAUUAUAAACCAUUUUGUGCGCA